AUGCGCGCCGCCGCGCUGGGGCUGGCGCUCCGGGCUCUCUGGGCUCUGGCCCUCUCUUCCCUCUCCAACACGCUGGCAGUGAACAACAGCGGGCGGUGGUGGGGCAUCAUCAACGUGGCCUCGUCCACCAACCUGCUGACAGACUCCAAGAACGUGCAGCUGGUGCUGGACCCCAGCCUGCAGCUGCUGAGCCGAAAGCAGCGCAAGCUGAUCCGACAGAACCCCGGCAUCCUGCACAGCGUCAGCUCCGGCCUCCAGACAGCCAUCAAGGAGUGCAAGUGGCAGUUCCGCAACCGCCGCUGGAACUGUCCCACCUCCCAGGGCCCCAACAUCUUUGGCAAAAUUGUCAACCGGGGCUGCCGGGAGACAGCAUUCAUCUUUGCUAUCACCAGUGCCGGUGUGACACACUCGGUGGCCCGAUCGUGCUCAGAGGGGUCCAUCGAGUCCUGUACCUGUGACUACCGGCGCCGUGGCCCUGGGGGGCCUGACUGGCACUGGGGGGGCUGCAGUGACAACAUCGACUUCGGUCGCCUCUUUGGGAGGGAGUUUGUGGACUCCAGUGAGAAGGGCCGAGACCUGCGUUUCCUCAUGAACCUGCACAACAACGAGGCCGGGCGCAUGACGGUCUUCUCAGAGAUGCGCCAGGAGUGCAAGUGCCACGGCAUGUCAGGCUCCUGCACCGUCCGCACCUGCUGGAUGAGGCUGCCCACCUUCCGUGCCGUGGGUGACGUCCUGAAGGAUCGCUUUGACGGCGCUUCCCGCGUCAUCUACGGCAACAAGGGCAGCAACCGGGCAUCGCGGGUGGAGCUGCAUCACUUGGAGCCCGAGAACCCGGCUCACAAGCCCCCCUCACCCCACGACCUCGUCUACUUUGAGAAGUCCCCCAAUUUCUGCACCUACAGCGGGAAGACGGGCACAGCAGGCACAGCUGGGAGGUUCUGCAACAGCUCCUCGCCAGGGCUGGACGGGUGUGAGCUCCUGUGCUGCGGGCGCGGGUACCGCACGCGCACCCAGCGCGUCACCGAGCGCUGCAACUGCACCUUCCACUGGUGCUGCCACGUCAGCUGCCUCAACUGCACCAACACCCAGGUGCUGCACGAGUGCCUGUGA